UCCUAACCUUUCUUUUAACCUUCACUACCAACCCGCCUUUCCCUUCUUCCUUUUGUGCUUUUCAUCGUGCUAAAACAACCCCGUCAAUCCACAUCUCGAGCAUUCUACGUGCCUCUCAGCCUCUACGGCCUCUAUCCAAUUCUUUUUUCUGUCGCCCUUGUCACUACACCCUUUCCUCGGACGUGACACCAAGGUUUCCCGCUGCCCGGACCACCCGCCGAUGGUCGACAUCACCGCCACGAUGGCGAACUCGACCACGGCAAUGCCGGACCUUCCCCCGCUCCCCAACUAUACGGUCUCGCCGCUGCCGGACCUCCUCCCGUUCGUGUCCGACUUUUGGCUGUCCAUUGUCCUCCCUCAUAUCGCCUACUGGGUGCUCUCGUUCAUCUUCCACAUGAUCGAUGUCUACGACCUCUUCCCGCAGUACCGGUUACACACGCCCGAAGAGAUCACGCAGCGCAACCAUGCGACACGCUUCGAGGUCGCCCGCGACGUUCUCGUCGAGCAGGCGAUUCAAACCGCCACGGCCGCCUUCCUCUCCAUGACCGACCAGGUCCAGCUCGUGGGCAAGGAGAGCUAUGACGUGGCGGUGUGGGCGACGCGCAUCCGCCUGGCGCAGCGCGCAUUCCCCACCAUCCUCGGCUUCGUCGGUCUCAACGCCGCCGCCAUAUCGAAGAGCAUGGCUUCCACACAUCCCCUGCUUUCCGGCGUCUUUGCCGGCGGUCGCUAUCCUUCUCUCACAAUGGAGCUCGGCGGCGUCUCGGGCGGGCCUCAGGUUCCCGCGUUUGCGACGUGGGAGCUGGCGCUGGCGAAGCUCAUCUACUGGGUCCUGAUCCCCGCGUUCCAGUUCUGGUUUGCUGUCGCGUUCCUCGAUACCUGGCAAUACUUCUGGCACCGUGCCAUGCACGUCAACAAGUGGAUGUAUACACACUGGCAUGCCCGGCACCAUAGGCUGUAUGUGCCUUACGCGUAUGGGGCGCUCUACAACCACCCUGUGGAGGGGUUCGUCCUGGAUACUGCCGGGGCUGGGCUGGCGUAUAAGCUCUCCCUGAUGUCACCAAGGAUGGGCAUGUGGUACUUCCUCUUCAGCACCGUCAAGACGGUCGACGAUCACUGCGGCUACAACCUGCCCUGGGACCCUCUCCAAAAGAUCACAAGCAACAACGCCGCAUACCACGACAUCCACCAUCAAAGUUGGGGCAUCAAAACCAACUUUUCACAGCCGUUUUUCACCAUCUGGGACCGCUGGCUCGGCACAAGAUACGAGGGUGACGUCAGCAAGAAGUACGAGAGGAUAAGACAGAGUGCGGCCAACAAAUCGUCGUCACCCAAAUCAGAAUAGACUGCAAACGACAAAAAGAAACAUACAAGUUGGGUGGAUCGCAAGAUUUUUAUGUAUCCCCCCUAAACUAAUAGGCUACCUUCACUUCUGUUUUCCCCUUGUUCUGCCUACGGUUUUACUCAAUUCAUAUCCACUUUUUUUGUGCUCCCUCUUUGUCAUUCGCUUGAACGUAUUAUUUUGCCAUCUUUCUCUAAGUUUUGGUUUCGAACAGCCUCUGGGUUGAGAGGAAUAAUCACCUCCGCAAGAAAGUCCUGGAGGGUGGGCUAUAUUAGGCCUUGGAUGCUCUGCGAAAAGACAGCAAGCCAUGGGCAUGGGAGACGCGUUCAUGGCCUGGGAGGUUCCAUGAUAGGGGCGGUCGGACGGUCAGGGGUUUGUGUAUGCGUGUACGUGUCUUGUGCAGUGCGUGUUUUCAUACGGACAAGGGAAGGGAAGAGGCUCUCACAUCUCAAGAUUUGAUCAUUUCGAGAUUGAGGUUGGACCUUGAAUAAUGCCCGGGAUUGAUGUCGGGCAACGUUCUUAUAAUAUCAACGGUGAGUUUGGCGUGAUACCGGGGUCAAUGGGAUAAAUAUUGUUGUG